AAACCCGCGGUCACACUGAACCUAGCACAUUUUACCAAUUAUUGACUAUUUUAAAGGAUUUCCCUGUAAUAAUUAUAUAACAAUAUGAACAACCUGAGGAUAGCCACAAUGCGAUUCGCCAGCAUGGCCACCAAGGCUACUGGAUCCCUGGGAAAGCGCGACUUCACUAGGAGUCUGUGGCACAUGACAAAGAAGCCGGUGACGGGAGCAUCAAAUGAUCAUGUAACCGUCUUGAAUGUCCACAAACCCAGCAUUAGUUGCACCUGUGGAUGCAAUGUGCACACCAAAGCUGAGAAAGAGCUGGUGGAGUGCCUGGCCGAGGAGAUCGUGGCCGAGCGCAAAGUGCAGAAGGGAAAGACCGUUGCCAGCACCCUGGAUGGAUUCAACGUGAAGAUUGUGGGCGGCGAAGUGGAGCUCAUCAAGGAGACCGACAAGGAGAAGGUCGUGAUUAGCUUCAAUGUGAACCAUACGGUCGACUCUGAGGACGAGCCAGAGAUCAAUCCCAAUGCGGACAAGCCGGAGCUGGGUGAAAUGAGAAGCAAGCCCCAGUUUGAGGUGGAUAUCAUUAAGAGCGGCACCACGCUCUCGUUCACGUGUUCCUACCUUCAGGGCGAGGCCCAAGAGGGAGAGUACAACGACGUGUUCUCCAUUGACGAAAUGUCCAUAUUUGAGGGCGAAUGGAACGACAAAGUCUAUGCCGUGGCUGGCGAUGUUUUGGACGGCUAUCUAUACGAUUUGCUUUUGAACUACCUGGAAGAGAAGGGAAUAAGCCAAGAGUUCGCAGAGAAGCUGUCCGACCUGGCCACUGCCCAUGAACACACCUCCUACAUCGGACUUCUGGAGAAGCUCUCCAAAUUCACAGCGGGUGGCAAGUAAAUGCCUGGAUUGCAUUUUUCCCCGCCUAAUCGUAAAGCAGAAAGUUGAGUAGAUUUAUAAGUUCCAUCGUCUGCUGCAGCAGUUCAUAACUAAACACAUUUUGUAUCUUGCGUGUUUGUAGUCGAUUGCGGCAGUUGUCCUAGUUAAUAAGUUCAAACCAUUUAUUCACUCUUGAUGUCGGGCGGGCAAAGCUAUUACCAAUCUUUACCACUCGUGGCAAUUGCUUAAUGCUCGACUUCAUGAAAUACAGAAAAUAGUGUAUAGUUAA